AUGGGAAAAUAUAAAGUAGUAACCUAUCGAUCAGUUGGCAAUACGCCCUACAUUGAAACAGACACCGACAUUUUUGAGGAAGCAAAAUUAGGAUUUGAAAAUGCAAAAUCCUGGAACUAUACAUGUAUCAUUUAUGAUGCAGAAGAGGAUAGUUUGUGUGCUACUUAUCAAAGUUCAAUGGAUAGUGCCAUAAUAUCGAAUGUUUUGGCAGGAUUGACUGGUGUGGCUGCUGCAGCUGCUCAAUCGGUGUUAACUGGUGGAUUUGAAAUUACUGCAGCUGCUGGAACAUGCACAACUGGUAAUUCACUUGUAAAGGCUAUUGAAUAUGCAAUGACCACAAAAUAUCAAAAUAAGUAA